UUAAUAGUAGCUAAACUAAAAACGCUCAGCUACUAUUAAUUUGCAUCUGCACCGUGAAAGUUCUCUUCCUGCUUCCUCGCACUUUGACCUUGAGGCGGGUUAAUGCGAGUGUAUGAUGUUUAUGUUAGCUUGGGGCACUGCAUUUUUCCCGGGAUUGUUCUUCAUAUCCAGGAAAGUGCUUAAAUCAGUUUUCAAAAGCUGGAAUGAUGCAGAUGUGUUUGUGGUCAGCGAAAGGUUGGUGUCCUCCAUCCAUGCCACUCUGGCUACUAUUGUUGGGUUCAUAAUUGCUACUGCCUCCAGUGAUGUGAUGUAUGACAGGCACAGACUGACCAAUGAAUUUGUGUUGUUUGGCGCUCCUUACAUGGCGUUUGAUAUUUACGCCAUGUAUCUGAGUAACUACCACUGUCAAAAGUUAAAAGGGCAUGAGGCGUACAGAAAGCACUCCCUCCUUACCAUCAAGCUGUUCCUCCUCCGGCAUCCCCUGCUGGUUGUCCAUCACAUGGUCCUCCUCACGGUCUUCAUGCCCACCAUUCUGUUCCUUAGGACUGGUCUAGGUGGAGACUUCUUCAUUGGCUGUUUCUUCUUGGCAGAAUUCAGCACUCCCUUUGUCUCAUUAGGAAAGGUUCUGAUCCAGUUGGGACUAGAGGACUCAUGGCUUCACAGAGUCAACGGUGUGAUGGUUCUACUGAGUUUCUUCACCUGCCGUAUCCUGCUCUUCCCCUACAUGUACUGGGUGUAUGGUCAGCAGUACACCAUUCCCUUCCACAAAGUGCCUUUCCAUCUACCGCUCCACUGUAACUUAGCCAACCUAUCCAUACUGGCACCUCAGAUCUACUGGUUUGUGCUUCUGUGUCACAAGGCCUAUCGCCUCUACCUGCGUCAGACUAGGUCAAAGGGUCAACUUGCUCACAAAGAUGGCUCAAAAACAGAUUAGAGUUGCCAUCUAAGUCUAUGGUUAGCAACAUGUAAUGUCAAUUAUGCUUCUUUUGCUGCUGGUCUUCCAUGCUGAGUUAGCAGUUAUUUCAAUCCUUCCCUCUGAAGGAACAGUCUGUGUGGAAUUUAGGAUCUGCAACUGCCUAUCAAUACAAAAUGACCAGUAUUUAUCAAAAUUCUCAGGGGUCAGGGUGUUAUACUGUCUGUACUACUACAGACUACAGAAUAUUUAGUGAUUUAUCAGGAUAACUUUCCACCCCCAAACUAUUGUUUGAUUAAUAAACAAUUGAAAGACA